AUGUGUGGACAUCGUUCAAGAUGUAAAAUCAGAAGAUGGGGUCUUCGAAUUGGAAAAGUCAAAUCCAUCACUCCCAUGCCACUCCCUUCCGAAGCAACAACUUCACCAACAACAACCACAAAAUCAUCCACCUCAAGAGUGAAACGAAGAAAGCAAUUUGAAAAAACCAAUUCCGAAAUGUGUCACCACUCAUCCAUAGGAGUAAAAACUGCAGAAAAGAAAUUAUUCAUUCUCGAAGAGAAAUGGGCACGAGAUAGGGAUCACUACUGGGAAGAGAAAUCAAGGAAGGAAUAUUUUGAAUAUCCGAAUGCAAAGAAUCAUAAAAAGUGGCAUCGAAAUCAUAGAGAAGAAGUUUAUCAAUUGAGAAAUGAUUCAGAAUUACCAAACACGUUGUAUGUGUAA